AUGGCAUACAGUCACCAUGUUUCAAAAUAUGUCAUGAUCAUCCUCCCUCUUCUGUCAGGUGUUCUUCUUGUAGGGAUCUCUUUUGCGGAGAACGGUCAAAAGACGGUUGGCAAUUGGCUAGAAAUCGCUAGCCCAGACGAUCCAGUUGUGAUAGAGGUAGGAAAGUUUGCAGUUGAAGAACACAACAAAGAGGCAAAUGAUACUUUGAAGUUUGUCGACGUUACAAAGGGUGACACCCAAAUUGUGGGUGGCAUGAAUUGGCGGCUAGCUAUUGAGAUUGAAAAUAAUAGUUCGAUUAAGAACUGCCAAGUUUUUGUUUAUGAUCAACCUUGGGAAAAUGUUAGGAAACUGGUGUCAUUUAAAAUCAUCGAAUGA